CUGGUACCCAUCCUCUACUGUGUCGUCUACUCAGUUUCUUCCCUGAAUAAUCUAUUCUUCGAAACAACCUUCACCCUGCCUGUCAGAAGACCAUGUGAGGUUGUCGUUGACUGCAUUCUGUCUUUAUUUAUUUAUUGUAAUGCAAACAGCGAUUGGUAGGGUGUGAUAGGCUAUUCAUACUGUAGCUUUUGCAUCAUUGCUCUGUCGGCGAGUGAGUUGGUGUAGUCCGCGGAUCAGAUUGCUCCUGUUUGAAUUUUUAUUUUUACUGCCGAGAAGCCAGCUAUUAGGAUUCAUCAUGCAAAAGAGGAGGAAGCCAGAGCCGAUCCAGCUGAACCCAAUUCCAGAUGGGAACGCUAUAAACGGAACCGGGGCCACAGAAACAAAUCUGGAAGCUCUGCAGAAGAAACUGGAAGAACUGGAGCUGGAUGAGCAGCAGAAGAAACGCCUGGAGGCUUUCCUCACCCAGAAGCAGAAGGUCGGAGAGUUAAAAGAUGAUGACUUUGAGAAGAUUUGUGAGUUGGGUGCAGGCAAUGGAGGAGUGGUCUUCAAGGUCUUACACAGACCCUCAGGCUUCAUCAUGGCCAGGAAGUUGAUCCACCUAGAGAUCAAGCCAGCAAUAAGGAAUCAGAUCAUCAGAGAGCUGCAGGUGCUGCAUGAGUGUAACUCUCCCUACAUAGUGGGCUUCUACGGAGCUUUCUACAGUGAUGGAGAGAUCAGCAUCUGUAUGGAGAACAUGGAUGGCGGCUCACUGGACCAGUGCCUGAAGAAAGCAGGCAAGAUCCCAGAACAAAUACUGGGCAAAGUUAGCAUUGCGGUGAUAAAAGGCCUGUCCUACCUUAGGGAGAAACACAAGAUUAUGCACAGAGAUGUCAAGCCAUCUAACAUACUGGUGAACUCGCGUGGUGAGAUCAAGCUGUGUGACUUUGGUGUGAGUGGACAGCUCAUUGACUCCAUGGCCAAUUCGUUCGUGGGCACCAGGUCCUACAUGUCUCCCGAACGCCUUCAAGGGACUCACUACUCUGUCCAGUCUGACAUAUGGAGCAUGGGUCUCUCUCUGGUUGAGAUGGCUAUUGGACGCUUCCCUAUCCCACCACCUGAUGCCAGAGAGCUGGAACAAAUCUUUGGUCAGCCCCUUGAGGGGGACCCCUCGGCCAGCGACGCCUCCCCUAAACCCAGGCCUCCUGGUCGACCCGGCAGCUCAUACGGUCCAGACAGCAGACCUCCCAUGGCUAUAUUUGAGCUGCUUGACUAUAUUGUCAAUGAACCACCUCCCAAGCUACCAGGUAUCUUUGGUGCAGAAUUUCAAGACUUUGUUAACAAAUGUUUAAUCAAAAAUCCAGCAGAAAGAGCAGACCUCAAGCAACUGGUGGUCCAUCCCUUCAUAAAGAACUCGGAGGCAGAGGAGGUUGACUUUGCUGAUUGGUUAUGCAGCACCAUUGGGCUAAACCAGCCAGCAACUCCAACUCACAGCGUAGGAAUGUGAGAGCAGCCAUCUUUUUCUACGCCAGCCAUUUAGUAUUUCUUCACCUGCAACAUCCCCAGUUCCACCGUACCAGUCAGUCCAGAUGCCAACAGCAAACUACUGCCCUCUUGAACACACUCCUUAUUUUAGAUGUUGUCUUGAGCAUUAACUAGCAUACUGCUGUUAUUAACAAUGCAUUACGGCUCCAAUAGGUCGCUUGAAAUCUGUUCUGCCAAAUAUUGGUUGUUAAAUGCCGAUAGCAUCCAUAAGACCAGAAGACAUUAAAUGCUAUGGAUCCUCCUAAAUGUCAACUUGCUGUGAUCAUGUUAUUCUUUUGAAACUCUUAAUUUCAAAGUUUGUGACUGCACUGUCAGCUACCCCUGAAGUGGUUACAUUAUUUCAUUGUAAUGUUUUGUGUUCUGCUUUAUUUCCAUGGUGAAUUUGCAGCCUUUAACUCACAAAGUGAGAGAAAAACAGUCAUAACUUAUACAAACUUGUAUAUUAUAAUAAAAGAUUUAUUUAACAGAUGACAACUAAUGGAAUGUGGCAGUGCUUACGUUGUAUGCAGUGGAUUAAAAAGGACAGAUUUAUCAGAAUUUUCAA